AAAUCAGAACUCAGUGUGUAUGUGUGUGUGUGUGUGUGUGCGCGUGCGCGUGUGUGUGUGUGUGUGUAUGUGUGUGUGUUUGUGUGUGUUUAUGCGUGCACAUGAGUGUGUGUUCCAGUCCUUCUGCAUCUCCUUGUCUUCACAACAUCUUGACCAUCUGGCUGAAACACAAGUUCCCAGACAUUAGAACACUGUCAAAACAUUCCCUAGAAAAUCACCGGAGUUGUCCAGAGAGAGAGAGAGAAAGCUCUAAAAAGGUCUCCAAGUCAACAGUCAAUUUCAGAGGAUGGACAGUUUGCUGCAAAGUUGUUUGGGGGACUGGGUGGUGAUUUUAAAAUUUAAAUUAUUAACCCUCAGAGCUAUCAAAGUCCCCUCCUCCCGCUAUAAUGCGUCAUCAUGGUAACCUCGUUUUGUAUGUUAUUUGUUCUUCGAUAAACAGUAUUGUUUCCUUUUAGGCACCUGGGUGCUGAUUUGUUAAUAUAAUUAUUUAGUGAAGGACCAAAAUUGUAUGAUACUGUUGUAUGAUGUACAAAAUAAUUUGAACGUUUGUAGCAAAAGAGUGAUGUGUGUGCCAAAUAACCAGUAGGAAACGUUUUGUUCUCUGACAAUCAUUUCUUUUUUUCAUGCCAGUUGUAGUCCUUUUGCUUUUUUUGUCUUCAUAUAUAUUUGAUUUCAGUUUGGUUAUCCUAUUUAUUUGAGUUUCUUGUCAUCAUUGGAAGUGACAAAUGGAAAAAAAAAGAAAACUAGAAAAAAAGAUAAUUUUAAAUCCCAUUUAUUGUUAUUUCUGAAGUAAUUAAUCGAGGUUCUGAAUCUCUUGAUUUGAGGCUGUCCAGCAGAGACGAGAGUGCCAAUUUUGAUUUUGAAAUCAUAAAAAUCAUACAAUUAAUUGCUUUUAUUUAUGUGGAAAAAAGUUAGUCAAACUAAAAAUCGUUUUUGCUCCUUGUGAGAUUUGGUUCGUGUUGGUAACGUUCAACCAUUUCAACUUGUAUGCUGAGUGUUACUUGUGCGUUUUUCCUAAAGCAGAAAAAUGGUUGACUAUACUGAAGCUGUUCUAAAAACAUUUUGACUGACAUUGUAGGGCAUUCUAUUUGAAAAUGUACUUAAAUAUGAAGUGAGGGGGGGAACAAUGUCCCACCUUUUGUAAAAUUUAAUCAGAAUAUAUCUUUACAACACUCUCCAUUUUGAAAAGUCUGUCCGUAGAGUCAGUCCACCCGGAGUAAUUCAGGGUGAUUCAGUUCAGAGACACACUCUAAACAAAGACAAACAUGGGCACCGACACGUCUGGCUGUGAUUCUCAGAGGUGAACUCCAUGUUGGUGAACACAAAAAAAAACGAGAUUCUAUUAAAAAAGAUCACACAGCAGCGUUUUUGGUGGAGACAGCUCGGUCUCCUCAGUCUGCCCCUCUGGUUUUACACCCCUAAUCACAAACAAAACAAAAAACACCACUGAAGCAGACUUUUCAGUCCCUCAACAGAGAUUGAUGGGUUGUGGAGUCAGGAGAGAGAGAGAGAGAGAGAGAGAGAGAAAGAGAAAGAGAAAGAGAAAGAGAGAAAGAGGCCGUGUCUAGAACCCACGCCGCAGCUGAGACUAGAACAGAGGAUGCAUGCUCAGGCAGAGGUAGCCCGGCCAUGCUGAGACUGUGUCUGUGCAGAGGUGGUGUAUGGACCCAGGGCACAGGAAUGGGCGACAAACCUUCAGACUGUGUCCAUCCUUCUGUCUUUCCGUCUGUCUGCCUGAUCAAAAUAGGGAGGGAUCCGGUGACAAUGAAAGACUCCUUUGAACUGUGAAGCCACAGAAUAAAACGUACAGUGGGAGAGAGAGAGAGAGAGAGAGAGAGAGAGAGAGAGAGAGAGAGAGAGAGGGAGGGCGGAUAAGAGGGAUGAUGUGGGGGAGACAACAGUUAACCAUACAAAACACAAACAAAAGUUUGAAAUGGACAUAAUGAAUGUGUACAUCUUUGAUUGUAGCGAUAUGCUCACAUUUUCUUUUUUUUAUGCAAGAACCGCCUGUUCUCUGGAGGUGGGAGAAGAAGGCUAUCAGGUUCUUGUUUGUUCCUUUAACCCUCUUUCCUCUCUGUGAAAAAGACAUCUUUCUCCUUCAUCUUCUCCUGUUUUACUGCAGACUCCUUCAGCCUGCUCUCUGGUCUGUAUGCAGCAUUCACUAUAGCACUUAAAUGGUGGGCAUUCAUGUCGUGGGUGAUUGCAAGGGUUGGACCUAGUCGCCAGAACUGUGCUCUGUUACCUAGUCGCUGGUCAUGUCACGACCCUGAAGAAGAGGCUGAAUAGGUUCAAACAAGCACUUUAACUCACUCACGGGGGAAUCAGUAUACUAGCUUAUCCUUACAUUGGGUUUAGGUGACCCUGCACUUGCCAGAGCAAACCUACCCUGCCAGCGUCAUCUCUGUCCUCUCUACAGAAACCCAAUGGCCUGCUUAAGGUGUGGGGUGGGCCUUUAUGGGAGAAAAUAUAGGAAGUUGGAAUCAUAGGUUUUUGAUUGAGAGUUUGUAUGAUCUAAUAGUGAACAUCAAUGGAAUGCUUUCAAAAUAAACACAUUUUUGCCAGUAAUGCUAGAUGUAACACAGUAUACCCAUGAUGACAUAUCUGAUCAACCCACUCUCUCUGACUGAUUGUUUUUAUUAUAUGAACUGAAACUGAAGCACUGUAGUAUGUAUGUGUGCCAGCAGAUGGCGACAUAAUACUGGUCUGCUACAUCUUUCACUCACUACUAGGCAGCAUAGCCUACAUUUCUCUCUGCUCACUAAUAGUGGAAGUUCACAAUUUUUCUGCAGUAUAGCCUACCUUAUUGAUAUCAGAUGCAUUGCAGGUUUUAUGGGGGUUAUGAGAUAUCAACGUGUUUUACGUAUGAAGUCAUUCUUGUCACAUACUACUGUCAAAGGCGAGCGCUGUAGGCAUGGGGGUAAUGUAUCCACGUUGGAAAGAUAACUUUGAUUAUAAAAUAGGCUAUCACAUCGCCAGAUCUGAUUAGAAACUGACGAAUGAAAUGAACUCGAAUGCUGUUCUUUCCCCACUGUUACAGUAGCCUACAAAAAGUAAAAGUCAUAGGCUUCGUUUUUAUAAAAGUGUAUAAUAUUUUGAAACAAGGAUGUUGCAUAUGUCUGAAAAAUUCAUUAAAAUAUGGGUUUAAAUGGAUGGUGCUCGUUUCAUUUGGGUCUGAGUUGUAUAUCGCCUCUGUUCUGUUUAUUAAAAAAAAUAUUGUGCAUGACUUGUGUUUUAGCGGUCAUAAUGGUGUCCAUUUGUGAAAUGUGUAUCUUAAAGUAAAGAAAAAAAAUGAAAUAAAAAAUAAUAAAUUUGUAGAUGCACUUAUUGAACAUGUGGUUAGGUUAGUAGGUUUGACUUCAAGUCCUUUACUGCCUUAAAUGCAAUGGGCAGAUUGCUAUUAAAGAAAACGAUAUGCUUGUUGUGGGAGAGGAAUUAUUGAAAAAAAUGAAAGGAUUGUAGAAUAAUACUGAAAAUUCUGAAAUUGCAGUUCUUUUUGAUGCUUGUGAUUAUUGAAGAUGUACUUUAGAGAAAUUUCAUGGAAACACACAUGAUCUGAUGUUAAUUCUGUAGAAUAGAAAUGUAUACCAAAUGUAAUCUUUCCAAUGCUAUGAAGAAUUUAUACAUGAAAUUGAUAUGCAAUAAAAACCUGUGUGCUUUUUA